CUUCUCAGCGUCCGUCUAAGAACACUCAGGAAUAUUUAUUGAGAUUGAACACCGAGGAAAAUUGUGUGGCGUGGCUCAUGGAAUAUGAACCGAGUCAGAAAAAAUACAGCAUGUCGUUCAUGUCAGAGAAACGGCCGCAUAACAUGCAGAAGGACUCGACACGGAGAUCUCUGCUUAAAGACUGGACCAGGGGAAUGUGCCGAGAUGCUAAAGAGGGCCAGAGCAGCCUUCCAGUCUGGUCGAACAGCGAAUGAGUGCUUCCGACUGGCCCAGCUCGACGCCGUGAUGCGCUUGGUCUUUGAGCAUGAGUGUGACUUUGUUGAUGCACUAGCGAGGGACCUGCACAAGCCUCGCUUUGAGACAGUGGUAUCAGAGUUAAUUCUGGUGAAGAAUGAAGCUGUCUAUGCCAUCAACAACCUUCGUAAAUGGAUGGAGCCACAACGUGUCGAGAGAAACCUGUCCACAGCUCUGGAUGAAUGCAUGGUGGUGAGCGAGCCUCUGGGCACAGUAUUGGUCCUUGGGUCAUGGGCAAACCCUGUUCAGCUCUGCCUCGUGCCCCUGAUUGGAGCCAUGGCUGCAGGGAAUUGUGUGGUCAUCAGCCCCUCUGAACACUGUGCUCACACAGCAGAGCUCCUUCACCGACUUCUACCCUCUUACCUGGAUAAUGAGUGCUAUCAUAUUGUCCUUGCAGGGACAAAUGACAUCUCUGAGAUGGUGGAACUGAAGUUUGACUACGUCUUCUUUUCUGGCACUCGUGAGGAAGGUACCAAGGUGUCCCUGGCCGCAGCCCGCAGUCUCACGCCGGUCACUCUCGUACUGAGCGGCAAGAACCCGUGCUACGUGGACCAGACGUGUGACAUAAACACCACGGCGCGCCGGAUCGCCUGGGCCCGGUUCCACAAUGGCGGACAGAGCGUGGCCUCGCCGGACUACGUGCUGUGUCACGCCGACGUGAAGGAGCGGCUACUGCAGGCUCUGCGCUGUGCCCUGCUCAUCUUCUAUGGCUCGGACCCGCGCGAGUCUCGCAGCUACGGCCAUCUGGUGAACAUGGAGAACUUCAGCCGCGUCAGAGACCUGCUCUGGAGGUCAGGGAAGGUGGUGAUGGGGGGUCAAGUGAACGAAGCGGAGAAGUAUGUUGCACCAACACUGUUGUCAGAUGUGUCUGAGACAGAUCCAGUCAUGCAUCAGGAGUAUUUCGGCCCGAUCCUUCCUGUCCUGACAGUAGAAAGUGUCGAUGAGGCCAUCUCCUUCAUCAACAAGAGAGACAAGCCUUUAUGUGUUUAUGCAUAUUCCAGCAACAACAAGGUGAUUUCCAGACUGAUGAACGAGACCUCUAGUGGAAGCUUCUGCUCAAAUGACAGUGUCCUGCAGAGUCUCAUGCCUUGCCUACCCUUUGGAGGAGUGGGUCAGAGUGGGAUGGGCUCAUUCCAUGGACGCUACAGCUUCGACAUAUUCUCUCACAAGAAGUCCUGCCUUUUGCGGGGCACUCGGAUCGAGUGUCUGACCUACCUGCGCUACCCGCCUUACGAUGACCGCAACCUGUCCCUCAUGACAUGGGCCAGCAGCCUGACGCAGAAGAGCCAAGGCUGGUGUCAAAUUCUAUGAAGGCUUUGAUGAAAGAGUUAGUACGGCCUUCAUGAUGAAUAUGUUUAGUGCUGUGUCUGUGCUAGUGUUCCUACCAGCUUUAUGGCAACUACAUGAACUGAAUGUAAGGAAUUCUGUUGCAGGUCUGCUGGAAAAGAACCUCAGACUCAGUCUAGAAAAUGGUGAUUGACAUG